GUCAUGUGACUAUCAUCAUAAAGCCUGUCAGUUAUUGCUAUCAGUAUUUUCAAAUCUUAAACGAAUCGAAAAUUUGGAAACGACGUUACCUAUUAUAAAAUCCCCAGCGUUUUAUUAUGAAGCAGUGACUAAGAAUUAUUAAGAAGCGCCUUCGUAUAAAAAAGCUGGUCGGUGCGACACCUCUUAAGAGAAAAAACAAAUUCUAAAGAAAAAAACCGUGGAUUAAGAAGAUAAAAGACUCCCCUUGUGUACUCUGCGGAACCACUUUAUCAACUUGACACACCCUUGACACACGAAGGGAGCCCACUCGAUCUCGCUGAAGAAUUAACGUCGAAGGACUGCAAGUAUGAUGCCUCUAACCUACUCCUGACACUUAUGGCGAGGCAGAGUUGGGUCCGGACUUCCUGCCCCCGCGGGUGUUUCUCGUGUUUCUGUGGAACCUUCACAUCAACAGCUCCGUCAACAUAAUGUUCAGCAAGGCAGGCGCGAAUCACAUUACAGAAAAUGACCGCAUCAACGGCUUGUACCGCUCCACCCUACACCCCAAUUCCCCAUCCAUGACGACGAACCCUUCUCGAUCCAAGGCUGAAGCUCGGUUGUAUGUGUUAAUAGCUUGUUAGCUGUUGUAAGAACAGCAUGUAAGGCCUGCAAGGGUGGAAAGAACAGCGACAUGUUUGGACUUUCUUUACAUCGAAUCGACGCAAGAUAGUGCUGCCUCCUGUAGGGACACCCUCUCUACAGAAGUAUUCCAGAGUUCAGGAUUUUUUUUUUUUUUGCUCAAAGGCUUAUUAUUAUUAUUUUAUUAAGGAGGACUGGGAGGAGACGAUUUCACAUACCGCUUAUGAGGAUAUCAAGGCUGCAACGAUCGUUUAGCCAUAAAAACUGCCACAUCCCGUGACCUCGGCGUGAGAAGACGCAACACGCUGUUGCGGUCACGAUGGACAGUGAGCUGAAGAAGACCUCGGUCCGCGCCAACUUGUUGGAGAAGAAGCGCUUCGAGAUGCUGAUGGCAGGGUUCGAGUCCGCCAAGCGCUGCGUGGCCGUGGACAUGAAGAAGUCGCAGCUGGACGUCAAGCGACGCCUCAAACGCUACAAAGAGCGACAACGCGAGAUUCUCGCCACCAGGUCUGGGAACUCGCCCAGCGACAUGGAAGACUUCGUCUUGAAGCAGCUGCGGAAGAGGAGCCCUUUGCAGCAAGGAACACGACCCCAGACAUCGCCCAGCCUCCCCACCAGACCUCAUCUCGCUCUCAGCGACGAUUGUUUGGCCAGGAAGCCCAACGCCGUCCCCAGACAAUGGCGGAUAUCUACGAAGAGGGCGACGAUGAUAAUGAUGGAGGAAGAGGUAGUGGUAGCUGGCUUGUCACACUGCCGUCGAUCCAAAGUCGACCUGCGGCCAUCCACGGCGUGGUCGGCGAUGCUGGGUACCAGAUCCACUCGCAGUGCAACGAACGGUGCCGGUGCAGCGGAAGCGAGGUUGUUGCAGCUGAGAACCGGACACCUGGGGUCACCCGCCAGGCAAGUGCGCUACCUGGACGACGAAGAGAUUGAGGAGCGCUGCGCCAUCUACCGCUUCCUGCUGAGAAGUUACCGGCAGAAGGAGCACGAGCACGUGGAGGCGCUGAACAUGCGCGUGCGCCAGUUCUGCGGGUGGCAGGGCAAGGGUCAAGCCCGCUAGUUGCGACACCUGGCAGCGCCCCCCAGCAGCGGGGGUUACCACCCAUCUUACAACACCUGGCCGCUCUGCGUGUGUCGCAUUCCGCGGUCGACGUCAACCGAAGACUAACCCUAACCAAAGAACGAAGACUUGGUAAAUCAUGAUGAAGGGAGGGCGAGGGGGAAUAAGAAAACAGAUAACUGAACGUUUUGUGUUCGUUGUCUAAAUAGUGUUGACGUCAGAGACUGCCAGCUGUUUAUUUACCUAAGACGAGAUGCUCAAGUCCCAUGUGAAUGUCUUAUCAGAUUAUUGUCUCAUGCUUCACUGAAAAGACAAUACCUAAACAUUUUGAAUAUUUUUCUUUCUGUAUUUAUUUCAUGUUUCCUUUUUUAUUUUUCCUCUCUUUUGUCUGUUAAUUUUUUAAUAUUUUCUCCUUCUUUCUGUCUUUCUGACCCUACCCGCUACACCUUCAUGUUUUGAAUAUGGUUUAGGUAAUUACGUGCUACUCUGAAGAUCCGGCCAAGAUUUUAUUUCCUCUCCUCAUAAAGAAUAUGCGUUUUUUUAGAAAUUUUAAAAAGAGAAAAAUUGUCUUGUCAAUUAUUGUUCAUUUUUAUAAUAGCUUAAACGGACGCGGAAAUAAUCCGAAUUUACAUUUUGUAAAGAUAUUUUUUAGGUCGAUGGUUUGUGUGUGUUAUCGCUCCCAAGAUUGUUGCUAGUGACGAUGAUGGUGGUGGUGAUGAUGGCGAUAUGGUGUUGACGUUAAUGCUUAUCUGUGUCGCUGACACAAAAUGUCAGAUUUUAAUUAGCAUUUAUUUGUUGGCAGCUCUUAGAAUGUUGUUAGGCAAACGUGUAACGCUGCUCCAAUAUCACAAACUCGCGAUCUUGUGUUAUCUGUGCAUUGUCUUAUUCAUCUUCCAAACCAUCCUAACGAUACAACGUGCUGAUUCAGUGCCACCCAUGAACCGUUGGUUAUUUAUUUAACCACCGCAUGGCAUUUGCAUAUAAACUUACUAAAAAGAAAGGAAGUAGCACGCUUAUGUGAAGAAAAAAUAAUGAAGAUGAAGUCCUUUCCGCCAACGUUCGUCUCGUUUCCAAGGCAACGAUCCUUGCGAGUCUUGCUCCUAUCACUUGUUCUCUACAACGCAUUUCUGCAGCACGAGGCCGCUGCUGCUGCGACUGCGUCCAGAUACUUUGCAGACCUAGACGUUCAGCAUCACUCGGACUUCUCCCCUCCCUCGCAGCACGUGCCUGAAGAUGACCAGGCGACGGAGCAUGCGGUCAAGUCCGCUUUACCAGGUAACGCUGGUGCCAGCGAGCACUUGAGCUCUCCCUUGCACAAGUACUUCCAGUCGUUCGCUGGGGCCAAGUCCCGCUUUCUGGGUUCCGAUGAAAGUCCCGCGGCCGCCCGUCACGCAACGCAGACUUCUAAACGUGAGGUCUCUACCGUUCACGGACGGAGCGACGUUCCCACGUCACCGCCCACUGCUCUCCAGUGGUAAAUAUUACACUACACACGGCCGACUCCGAGAACCCGACCCAUCCCGUGCCUUCCACGCAGAAGGAAAUCAUGCGAACGAGCCAACGCAUCUCCAUGACGACACGCGGAAUGCUGUAAGCAAGCACGCCAGCAAGCUCGGCAAGAUGAACCAGGGUGGGCAGUUCUUCGCGAGUGGUCAUCCCUCCGGCAGCUGGCAAGGUUCAAAAAAUGAUCUGACACAUGACAAUAUGCAGACGUCUGGAGAUGAGAACUCACAGUACGGUCCAGCACAGCAAGAGACAGGUGAGCAAACAGGUCCAUCUAGUCAUCUGCAGCCAUCCUCUGACCAAAGUGAUUACCAAUCGCACAAAGAUCACGAGUACAUCGAUGGUCAGCCGAAACUAUCCGCACAGAACCGAGAUAGGGCAGACCCGUCAAGUCAGGCGACGGAGGAUAAUAGUGAGGACACACCAGACGAGGGCGCUGAAGCAUUCGCAGAGGAAAACACAGGGAUGGCUGGUAAAAAUGCCGAAGCCACUGACACCAAGAUUGAAACUGCGGUAAAAAGCAGCAGGAACACAUUGACCGGGCAAGGUCAAGAGAACUCACUCGAUGGUCAGCCGAAACUAUCCGCACAGAACCGAGAUAGGGCAGAUGCGUCAAGUCAGGCGACGGAGGAUAAUAGUGAGGACACACCAGACGAGGUCGCUGAAGCAUUCGCAGAGGAAAACACAGCGAUAGAUGAUACGAAUGCCGAAGACACAGGCGAUAAGAUGAAAAGCACCAGGAGCAAAUCGACCGGGCAGGAAACUUAUGUAAGGUCUUCUGAAAAUGGGAUGAAAGAAUCGAGAGCUUUAGAUUCAGCUCAGACUGACGAUGGUACAGACAGAGAAGGCCUAAUGAAAAUUAUUGGUAUGCUUAUUAAAAGCGAAGAAGCCAUGAAAUCUCUGUCUAAUAUGCUAAGUAGCAAACAAGAGAACCUCGACUGUUCGACGACAGCUGAAGAGUGUGUUGACAACGAUCAGCCAUCAGAAGACUUAGCCGCAUCUUCAGUUCCUGAAGACUCGCCUGGGGAUCGACAGCAAAAUCUGAGGAUUCAAGAAGAAAAGGUGCCGGAUACUGCGAGAAGCUCUGUCGAAGAUGCUUCAAAUCCAGUAAGUCCGACAGUUUCUGAUGAGCUAGACGUAAUUGGGAUCGACCCUGUGUCGCAAGACGCUAAUAAGGAAAAGUUUGACAGCCCCUCGAUGCCUACUACCUCGGUUGUCGAGGUGGACGAGGAGCAUCUUCAGAAAGAUUCUACUGCAUUUGGGCAGCAAGAUUCAGCAACUCACGUAGAUGACGAGGAAAAUCUGCUCUCGUUCCGAUUCUUCAGAGACACUCCAGACAAAAAAUGCCCACAAAAGUCAUUCCUCUGCGUCUGUUAGCAACAAAGUCGAGGGUGAUAAUAAGCAAGAAGAUAUUGUACCUCAAGCAAAAGACAUAGUUCCUAAUGUUUUAAAGGGUCUUGCUGUUUCACCGACCGCUGACUUCGGGCCAGAGGACGAAAUCGCCCCCUUCUUUCCAUCAUCCCACACCCAACGCAUGACCAGUUUGACAGCAAGUGACGUACCCUCCGCGGUAACAGAUGCUGCAGUAGAAGGCAAGAGUUUCUCAACGAGAUCAUACCUGGUUUCUCCUGCAGGUGGAGAUGACCGUCAGUCCGUAUCCUUUGCUAGUUACGUAAACGGUAUCUCCGACAAAGACUGGAUGUCCGCAGAACCCAGUCUACAUGCCGAGAGAGAAGAAGUUGGGGAACGUUCUGAUGUUACUAUUAUGGUCAGCUGACUCGUUUCCGUCGUUCGUCUGAUGCAAGGCAGCAGCAAGAAACUGCCGACGUCGCCUAUCGCUUUCAUCAGAUAGCUUAUGCUGAUGAUGAUGAUUUUUAUUAUUAUGAUAAUGAUGGGGCUGAUCUGAGUGCACCGGACGUGACAAACAGCAACAUUAAGUUUCUAGAAGACAAGGUAGUAGGCCCUGCACAGCAGCUUGUCACAGGCAGGACCGACGUCUUCUGGCCACAACGCACAUCACAAGAUCCUGUGUCCAUUACGCGUUUGAAAGCUACAACGCAAGGAGACAGCACUUCUGUUCAGCUUGGCAAUGAAGGUUUUCUCACACAAGUAGAAAUGCCGACCACAAACAAAAAUGGAAGUGGAAUCUCGAACAACCUUCAAUCCAACAGUAAACCUACCGACAUAUCGAUCGCUGCCUAGAACACCAAAUAGUGUGUGAUUUGUGCUCAUCCUGCACCACGUUGUUUACACUACCUCAAACAUCCCUGACUUUCGGUUUUUUUAUAACCCAUUUGUUACCCCCUAGUUUUGUGCACAUCAUUGUCAGGCAUGUCACCUUAAAUUUUCCACACAGUGGUUAAUGUUUACAUCUCCUGUCCUGUCUUUAAGUACUUAAAGCACUAGGGUGAAGUUUUUCUUUCUAUUAGUUAGAUUAAACUCAGAACAAUAUGUUUUGUUGACCUUUUUCUGUGUAGCUCAAGCACGGAAAAGCAUAUUCACUCAGAUUUGAAGAAAAAAAAUAUCUUGCACUGCGCUUUAUCCAUUCAUUAUCGGAAAAACUUGUACCCAACUAAUCCUUUAACAAUUAACCAAGCUAUCAAUUCAAUUGUUUUACUUUUAAAUACAAAAGAAUAUAAUGAAUUGUGGAUUACCAAGAAAAAGAAACUAAAAAAUUAAACCGAA